CAAUGGCGGCUAGUGCGAGUUGCGCCCCGGCGAGAAUUAUUAGCAUGGCCAUGUCGACGGCGGUCUCGUUCCAUCACCACACGACAUGACGGUUCUGCGGUGCUUAGCAAGGCGGCCUGCUGUCGCUGCCUUCCGGACGGCGGCCUCGGCUGCGAACAGAAGACAGGCGCCCACGUGCGCCCGCAGUCUGUACACGGUGCCGUCGCUCGACCGCCACGACCAGCUCGUCGCCAAUGGCAUCCCCGGCCUGUUCUCGCCGACGGGCUUCCAGGUGGCCUUCUCCGAGUACCAGCAGCACACGGUCGAUGAGCUGAACAACGAGACCGCCGGCGGGCCGUAUGAGGGCCAGGACGUCAAGUCGCUGGUCAUCGAGCUCGCCCGCGACCCGCUCAAGGCCUACCCCUUCAACCUGGCCAGCAUGGCCUUCAACAACCACUUCUUCUUCCGCGGCAUCAACACAAACCCCGACGUCGUGUCGACGCCGCCCGCCGAUCUGGCCCAGGAGAUCAGGAACGACUUCAGCUCCAUGGACACGCUGCGCGAGACCUUCAUUGCCACCGCCGACGCCAUGUUCGGCCCCGGUUUCGUUUGGCUCGUGCAGACCAACGACGCUGCCGUCGCCGGCGGCCUGCGCAUCCUCCCCACAUACCUCGCCGGCUCGCCGCUGUCGGGCGCGCACUACAGGCGGCAGUCAUACGACCUGAACAAUCACAACCCGGACUCGUACCAGCAGCUGAACAGCGUCGGCGCCUUUGGCGCCUCCUCGAGGCAGGACAACCGCCCGAAGAAGCCGCUGGGCGGCACCGACAUCAUACCGCUGCUGUGCGUCAACACAUGGGAGCAUGCGUGGCUGCACGACUAUGGUGUCCGGGGCAAGUCGGACUAUUUGAGGGCGUGGUGGGAGAAGAUUGACUGGGACUUGGUGAGGCAGAAUGCCUCCAUCGCCCAGAGCCAGGGCGCGAACACGAACAAGUGGUACCAGGACGAGUCCAUGUGAGCGGCCAUGGCAUUGAAUGUAGCAUAAAUGUAUAAACAGCCAGCAUCACAGAGCGCCGACAGCUUGCAUUGGACGUGCAGAGCUGUCAAUCUAAAUUAGACGUUGAACAUGCAACAUUGACUUUCAUUACUGACAGGC